GAAUGUGGUGAAAGGGCUUCUUUAAAGGAUGAUGGGGAACAAUUUAAGGUAUUUGUUAAGUUGGGGCAAGAAGGUACCACGUUCAGAGAGUGGAAUCCGAUACAACUUACAAAAGGUCUAAGUAAAGAAAUUGGAGAGACAAUGGCCAUUCCUCCAACAUAUGUUGAUCUGGGCAAGUCUGCCAGGGACAUCUUCACCAAAGGAUAUGGUUUUGGUCUUAUUAAGCUGGACUUGAAGACAAGGUCAGAAAAUGGAUUGGAGUUCAAAAGCUCUGGCUCGGCUAACACAGAGACCAGUAAGGUGGCAGGGACACUGGAGACCAAGUACAAGUGGGCAGAGCACGGGCUGACCUUCACUGAGAAGUGGAACACUGAUAAUACUCUCGGUACGGAGAUAUCUCUAGAGGACCAGUUGGCCAAAGGCCUGAAGUUGACAUUUGAUUCUGCAUUUUCUCCAAACACUGGCAAAAAGAGUGGUAAGAUCAAGAGCAGCUACCAGCGUGAGCACAUUAACCUGGGCUGCGAUGUGGACUAUGACAUCAACGGCACUGCGGUGCAUGGAGCUGUGGUGGUGGGCAUCGAGGGUUGGCUCGCCGGAUACCAGAUGACUUUUGAGGCCGGCAGAAACCGCAUCUCUCAGAGCAACUUCGCUGUUGGCUACAAAACUGAUGAAUUCCAGCUCCACACAAAUGUGAAUGAUGGGACAGAAUUUGGCGGUUCCAUCUACCAGAAAGUGAAUGACAAUCUGGAGACCGCAGUGAAUCUGGCCUGGACCGCCGGCAACAGCAACACUCGCUUUGGCAUCGCUGCCAAGUAUCAAAUCGAUGCAGACGCUUCCUUCUCGGCCAAAGUGAACAAUUCCAGCCUUGUCGGCCUGGGAUAUACUCAAACCUUGAAGCCUGGAAUCAAGCUGACUCUCUCUGCUCUUCUGGACGGGAAGAACAUUAAUGCAGGCGGCCACAAGCUGGGAUUGGGUCUGGAGUUUGAAGCAUAGGAAACUUAUUUUUCGAAAUAACUACCCUCACAAACCCUGUUUCUCUAAGAUGCCCUGGCUAAGUAAACGUAUUAUACUCGGUCAAAUUAUGCAUUAGCGGUGGCUCACUGUUUCAGAGAGUGGAUCAAAUGUGUAUAUAUGAGUUACACUGAUAGGUCACAGAGAAUGUUUGAAGAGCAUUUGUGAAGUUUAUAAAUGACUUCAAAUGUAUUUUUAAUACACUACACAUAACAUUAUUUAUUACAGUGCUGAACAGACAUGGCAGAAUGUUUUAAUCACAAAUGUCAUUUUUUUUUUGGGAGAUGGUGAAAAAUAUUUGUCUGUAAAUGUCACUUAUACUUAAUCACAACAUUCCUUGUUUCUGGAAAGAAAGUUUUCACAUCAACAAACUGUGACAAAGGGACCCAAAUACAACCGAUUUCACUCUGCGGGCUGCAGUCGGAGCCCUUCACCAAACCUUGUGUGUGUACUGUUUUGUCUUGUCUGAGUGUGGAAAUCCACUUAUGUAUCUUGUCCAUUUAUUACACAUGAAAUUAUUUUACUGCUGAAAACUUCCUAUACAUUAUGGCAAAACAAUUUCAUCUGUCCCUGAACAAAAUGAGUUUUGAAACAUUUUAAAAGGUGGUUGUAGUCUUCCAGUUUAAUGUAGGUUUAGUAUACUGUGGAUUUAGCUAUAUAUAUAUGUGUACUUUAAGUUGAAUAAAACAUUUCAACCUGAA